AUGAGCCCCAGUACCACUCCAGAGGCCACCCAGCCUCUGCCCGCCAGGUCCACUGUGGCCCAAAGGAAACGAGCCCAAGAACUGAGGAAGACUCUGAAACCUCUGCUGGAAAAGAGAAGACGAGCUCGUAUCAACGACAGUCUCAGUCACCUGAAGAGCCUCAUUCUGCCUCUCGUCGGCAAAGACAACGCUCGCUACUCCAAGCUGGAGAAAGCUGAUAUCCUGGAGAUGACCGUGCGCUUUCUCAGAGAGCUUCCCGUCGCUCCGGUCAGAGAUCCCGCAGACAGUUACAGGGAGGGCUACAAAGCCUGCCUCCAGCGCGUAUCCGCUCUGCUGCCCAAAACCAGCCUGGACCAGGACGCGCGCCAGCGGGUGAACGACUUCGUCCAGCAGUCCAUGUCUGCCGUGGUCAGCCCGUCCUGCGUGAACUGCUGCGCCCACAGUCCCAGAACGUUCCCUCAGAUCCAUCAGAGACUGCUGAGCCUCAAAUCCAGCUUCAGUUCCAGAGCCCAGCCUCAGUCCCGCAGCGGCACCGGUGCAGCGGCGCGCGGAGCGCAGCCGGUGCCGCCGGCGGUCAGCGCCGCCAUGUGGAGACCGUGGUAG